AUGGCAUUCCUAGCCCCAUUUCUAGACAACGACUUCUCUCUCUCCCCCUCCUUCGCCCAGCUACUACUCUACUCCUUCGUCUUCCUCUUCGUCGUCGGCCACCUCACAUCAACAUAUGCAACCCAUCGCAACAUCCCCGGUCCCUUCUUGGCCAAAUUCACCGAUCUCUGGAGAUUAUACAUUGUCUGGCGCCGCGACUCACACGACACCUACCUCCGCUUACACCAGCAAUAUGGAGAUCUGGUUCGCAUUGGACCCAACUGUAUAUCAAUAUCCGCUCCCGAUCUCGUGCCCAGCAUCUACGGCAUCGGCAAGGGCUUCGUUAAGAGUGACUUUUACUCCGUGUGGCAGAACAUCGUCAAUGGGCAACGGGUGGCGUCAAUGGUCUUCACCACGGACGAAGUGCAGCAUGCCGCAAUGAAGAAGCCGAUUGCCAAUGCCUACUCUCUUUCGACUCUGAAGGAGUUCGAACCGCUCUUGGACUCCACUACCGCCGUCUUCCUGUCCCGCCUGGACGAUCUCUUCGCAAGUACCGGAAAGGUGUGCGACUUGGGCACAUGGCUGCAGUGGUACGCUUUUGACGUUAUCGGCGAGUUGACCUUUAGUCAACGCCUGGGAUUCCUGGAGAAAGCGACAGAUGUCGAGGGUAUCAUUGCUUCCGUGGCGAGGAACUUCGACCGCUGCUCCGUCCUCGGCCAAAUGCCCUGGCUGGACCAAUUCACCUACAAAAACCCCAUUUACCUCAAAUUCUUCGCCAAAGCCGCCGCAAACCCCAUCAUCGCCUUUGGGCAACGCCGCCUGCAAGAGCGUAUCAAAGGGCAAGAAGCAGACGACGACGCAGCGAACGAUCAACAACCCGCAACCACCAUCUCCGACCCCCUUCUCGAAGCUAAAGUCCUGCACGGCACCCUCCCGAGCAAACCUGACUUCCUCUCCCGCUUCCUCACCCUGCACAAAGAGCAGCCCGAAAUCGUAACCAACACGCGCCUGCUCGCCUAUCUCUUCAUGAACAUCAACGCCGGCAGCGACACCAUCGGCUCCACCAUCCGCGCCCUCUUCUACCACCUGCUCAAAAACCCCGACACCCUCUCCACCCUGCGCACCGAACUGCAAACCGCGCAGAAACAAGACAACCUCUCCCUGCCCCUCCCCACCUGGACCCAAUGCCAAUCCCUCCCCUACCUCAACGCCGUCAUCAAAGAAUCCCUCCGUCUAAACCCCGCCCUCGCCCUGCCCCUAGAACGCAUAAUCCCCUCCAACACCCCCGGCCUCCAAAUCCCGCACCACCCAACAACAAAAGAAACCAUCACCCUCCCCCCAGGCACAAUCGUAGGCAUCAACCCCUGGAUCCUGCACCGCGACACGCGCAUCUUCGGCUCCGACGCCGCAAAGUGGAAUCCCAGCCGCUGGCUCGACGACGACGCGGAUAAAGUAAAGUACAUGGAGCACCACCUGCUUGCUUUCGGCGCGGGCAAGCGCAGCUGUCUGGGGAAGAAUAUUGCGAUGCUGGAGUUGGGCAAGUUGGUUCCGGCGCUGGUGAUGCGGUAUGAGAUGCGGCUUGCGGAGCCGGGGAGGGAGUGGAGGGUGUGGAAUGCGUGGGCGGUGAGGCAGGAGGGGUUGCAGGUGUUGUUUGACAGGAGGGGGGAGGGAAGUUGA